ACUGAUAUUCGAUCUUAAUUUUAGAUAAAUGGCGACUGAACAUUGGACUUUGAAAUUGCCGCAGUAUGUUUAAAUUUUUGCAAAGAUUUAAAUACUCACUUUAAAAAUAUCACACACUUAUCAUUAAGAAGAGAUGAAAAUUGUGUGUAUACUUGUUAUAUUCGCUACAAUUAUUAUUCAACAAAGUUUUAAUCAAAUAACCAGUGAUGAUCAUUUCACAAUCGGUGCUACUUCUGAUCCGAUCAGUUCAAAUCUAGUACAGGAAGUUAAUCAACCGCAAAAUGAAGAUGAUAAAGGCAGGCCAGGAGGGCAGAAUUCAUUCCCACUAAAAACCUCAAAUAUCACAUCCUCUAUAAAAUGUUCAUUCUGUGUGAUGGCAGUAAAUUUUGCUAGAAAAUUUUUAACAAAACCAUCAUCAUUUGAAGUGAUUCAUGGAAUUAUCAGUGAAAUGUGCUCUGUGGUCCAGGACUAUGAAAUUGAGUGCUACGAUGUGGCUGCGCAAAUAGUCGACUCAUAUGUGAUCGUGUUCAACAGAACAGAUGCAGUAGAUUCAUGUUUGCAAGUUAACCUCUGUGGUUAAUACUGUCAGUAUUCUAAAUAAAAGAAUUCUAAUAUAACUGCUUAUAUUUUUGUUGGCUAAUACAUUCUCUUGCUAAAGGAAAAAGAGUAUUUAUAAUAAUAAUAAUAAUAAUAACUUGUUUU